AUGGCCAAAGCCGUUCUUUGUAAGGCUAUUAAACGUGCGAAAGAAAAAGCCUGGACUGAUCUAUGUGACCAAGUACAGCGGGACCCUUGGGGAAAGCCAUAUAAAUUAGUUAUGGGAAAACUAUGCAGAAAUUCGAAAAUCCCCGGAAUCAAUACUCCAGGGCGCGCUCAACUGAUUAUCCAAGGUUUAUUCCCGGUAAACGAGGAACGAGACAUAACACAAUGGCCACAAGACCUUCCAGAAGACGCUCAUUUCACUAUCGCUGAGCUUAGACACGCAGCAAGUAAACUGAAGAACUCUGUCUCCCCAGGCCCGGACAGAGUACCAAACGAAGCAAUGAAGAUAUUAUGCAGGUCACACCCGGAGGCCUUACUCUCCCUGUACAAUAAAUGUAUUGAUCAAGGCCGCUUCCCAAAACCGUGGAAGAGGGCGAGGCUAGUCUUGCUACGAAAAGGUGAUAAACCUUUGGACGAAGUGUCUUCGUACCGUCCGCUGUGCCUCCUGGACUCCUGUGGCAAACUUUUUGAAAAACUCCUGGAUAAUCGUAUAAGAGAACACUUGGACUCAUCGAACGGCCUAGCUGAUACACAAUACGGUUUUAGAAAAGGACGAUCAACUCUUCACGCCAUUCAUAAGUUAGUUUCAAUUGUAGACAACUGCGGCAAGGAUGUAAGAGUAGGCGUACUCACCCUGGACAUAAAGAACGCCUUUAACUCCGCCUCAUGGAAAAUCAUAAUGCGGGAAGCAUACGCAAAAGACAUACCUCCGUAUCUCUGCAGAGUCCUGGAUGACUACCUUCACGAACGAAAACUCCAGUACAACUACGGUGGACCCGAAAAUGUAGUCGACAUUACAAGCGGUGUCCCACAGGGUUCGGUCCUUGGGCCAACCCUAUGGAACAUCUUAUACGAUGGACUACUGCGCGAAACCCUCCCGGCUGGAGUACAGUUCCUAGCGUACGCAGACGACCUGGCGCUCAUAGGGAAAAGCAAAUACACAUUUGAACUCGAAAGAAUGCUGUCCGCGGGCGCGGAGAUCGUGAUGAAUUGGUUGUCGAACAACGGCCUACAACUUGCAGUCAAAAAGUCCGAAGCGAUUAUCUUAACAAACACGAGAGUCCACAACGAAUUCACAAUGAUGCUAGGGGGCACACGCAUAAACGGCGCUAAGUGCAUAAAAUACCUUGGUAUAUACUUGGACACAAAACUCAACUUCACAGAACACGCUAAGCACACUUGCACUAAAGCGGGGAAAGUAGCCAACAACCUCGCCAGAAUCCUGCCGAACAUAAGCGCAGCGAAACCUAAGAAGAGAAGGCUGCUCGCAAAUGUAGUACACUCAAUCAUCCUAUAUGGUUCUCCCAUCUGGGCUCCCAAGAUGAGUCAAAAAGGAAAAACCGAAUUAGGAAAGGUGCAAAGACGCAUAGCACUGAGAGUAGCAUCGGCCUACUGCACAGUUUCUUACAAUGCCAUACAGAUUAUAGCAGACAUGCCCCCAAUUGUAUUAAUAGCCAUCGAAAGACAAGAGAUAUUUGAAAAUUCCGGGAAGGAAGAAGCAAGAAACAAACUAAUAAGAGACUGGCAAUCACAAUGGGACUCGGCCGAAAAUGGAAGGUGGACCCAUCGACUGAUUCCCAAGAUAGACCCAUGGUUUAACAGAACAUUCGGCGAAGUCAACUACAGACUGACCCAAGCUCUUAGCGGACAUGGCUGCUUUCCUUACUACCUCCAGCGAUUCGGGAAAUUAGCUUCACCGUCGUGCUGGUAUUGCGGUCACGAAUCAGACGAUGCGUUCCACACCUUUUUCGUAUGUGACGCAUGGCACUCAAGGCGUACCAGAAUGAACACGAUACUCGGGCGAGAGAUCACGCCAGAUAACAUGACCGAAGUGAUGCGGUCAAGCAAAGACGCAUGGAACACCAUAGACGACUUCAUCAACGAGGUCCUUCGAAAAAAAGAAGAAGAAGAACGAAGGCGACAGACAGCAGACCAGCCUUAA